AUGAAGUCGUCUUCCCCUCCCAAAGCUAGUCGCUUUUCGACCGAUUAUGGAUCAGGAAAUUUCAAGGAAAUGAGCAUAAAAUACAAAGAGAUAAUAUCAACCCUCCCCAGACGAGAAACUCCCUAUCCUCCUUAUGAAUUCUGCCAAUACAAAGGCUUUUGGUUCCCUUUUAGCUUCCUAGAAGGAAUUGCAUUUUUAUCAGAGGUCUUCAAGGCUGAAUCUUCUGAUAUUUUCCUGUGCAGUUUUCCAAAAACAGGCACCAAUUGGCUUAAAGCCUUGGCAUUUUCUAUUAUGACAAGAUCAGAUCAACUUUUUUAUGACUCCACCAAGUUAACCCAAGAAAUUGUACCAACAAUGGAAACUGAUUAUGUCUUAAACCCUACUUUUCUAGACGCUCAUGAGUUGCCAUUGUUUGCUACACAUCUUCCUUACUCUCUUUUACCACAAUCCAUAUUAGACACAGAUUGCAAGAUCGUUCACAUAUGUAGGGAAUCCAAAGAUACAUUUGUUUCUCUAUGGCAUUUUACUAAAACAAUAAAGAAAACCUUUGAAGAACUUAAGGAUAUCCCCAGUAAUCCACUCGAACAACAGUUCGAAAAUUUUUGUGAAGGAAAAUCGUUUUGUGGACCUUUUUGGGAUCACGUUACAACAUACUGGAAAGCAAGUGUAGAUAGACCCAAUAGAGUGUUCUUUUUGACGUACGAAGAUUUAAAGAGUGAUACUUUGGGUUAUGUGAAGAAGUUAGCAGAGUUUAUGGGAAACCUUUCUCUGAGGACGAAGAAGAAGCGCAAGAUCCGAGGUCCCGGAGUAGCACUUGGUCAUCUACAGUAG